UUUUUGAUGCAAUGUGAAGUCAUGGAGGGACAUGGUCCUGUUGUUUGUGUUCACGCUGGUCUGAGAAGAGAGUCAUAAGUAAGGAGAAAGAACACUGAGGAUUCUGGACUGUUUAUAUUUUGACUGGUUCCGAGUUACUUUCAUUUUUUGACACAGCCUUUACAUUUUUCUUUAAACUUUUUUCACUUCUUUCAUCAACUGCAACCAAGUUGGGGACUUUGUUAGCAAAAUGGCCGUUGCGUUCAACUCUGAGAUUUUCAACAACAACUCCAUCUCAGACCCUACCAGUGGUUACCAUGACUAUGGGGACUUGUACCUCGAUGACGAUCUGGAUGUGUUCAGUGUUACCCUGGCAGUUCUCUAUCUGGCCGUGUGUAUCUUAGGUCUGGCGGGAAACUGCUUGGUCAUUAUCGCCAUUUUGAAACUGGACAAGAUGGCGUCCGCCACCACGGUGUACAUCUUCAACCUGGCGCUAGCCGACGGGCUCUUCAUGGUGGGCCUGCCCUUCAUUGCCAUCCAGAACUUUCAGAACGGCUGGGCCUUCGGAGACCUGGCCUGUAAGCUGGUGAUGGUUCUGGACGGGAUCAACCAGUUCACCAGCGUGUUCUGUCUGACAGUGAUGAGCGUGGAUCGCUACAUGGCUCUUGUCAACCCGCUCCGUUUCGCCCGCUGGCGAACUCCGCGCCGCGCCAAGCUGGUCUCCACCUUCCUGUGGCUGUUCUCCCUGAUUCCCGUCCUCCCCAUGGCCAUCCACUUCUCUGUCCACGACGGGCUGUGCACCAUGGAUCUCCAGCAGGCCUCGGACUCCUGGUGGCUGACCUUCAUCUGCUACACCUUCGUCUUUGGCUUCGCCCUGCCCUUCACCGUCAUGACCGUCUCCUACACCGCCCUGGUGGUCACUCUGAGGACCCAGCGCCGCCAGGACGCCGCCCCGGGCCACGAGAGCCAGCGGCUGGAGAGGCAGGUCACCAAGAUGGUGGUGGUGGUGGUGGUGGCGUUCGGCGUCUGCUGGCUGCCGUUCUACGCCUUCAACUUCUGCUCGCUGAACCAGAACGACCUGGUCCUCAACUUCGCCCAGGGGUUUGAGUUUGUGGUGCUGCUCUCUUACUCCUGGAGCUGCGCCAACCCCAUCAUCUACGCCUGUCUCUCCGACACCUUCGGCCGACACUUCCGCACCCUUCUCUGCCCCUCCAAGAGAUCUCCCAGCGUGCACUGCGACGGCGAGACCGAGCACUACGACCUUCACGACAGCGCGGGUGGGCGCGACGCGAGCGUGAUGGCGUAGAGAAGUCGGGGAGUGAAAGGUCAAGCGGACCCCCACGUGCGUCUCCAUGCAUCCCUGUCACGACACACCGGGCUCCAUCGAGAUGCAUGUCUCUCUUACUAACGACUUCACACCUUUCCAAUCCUUCAACCCGCCCGUUAAUGAGUCUGGAUUCUUGCCCUGCCCAGGUCCAAGGAACAGGAGCUGAUUAGUCCUAGUGU